ACCAAGAUGCCUUCAGCUCGCCCGCGGGCCUCGUUUGAGCCCAUACCACCAGAUUUCGAUGUGCGCACAUUUGUCGAGACAGCGGACAACUUCCGCUAUGCCGAUCGAAUUUCAUAUGAAACGAUCGCGACCCAUGGUGUAGAGCAGUUUGAAAAGCUGGUACUCUUACAUGUAAUUAUAGGUGGCAAGCCCCUGGUUAUCGACGGAUUUGAAGAAGUCCUUGACCCGUGGACCUUCACACCGUCAUGGCUUCGCGAUAACCAUGGUGACAAGGUUGAGAAUGCCCGCAAUCUUACCACCAAAGAGAACAUACCCCUCACUAUCCAGCACUACGUGAAGCAUAUGAGCAAGCUCACCGAGCAGUUCUUUGGCGACCCCGAACGCUAUCGCGAGAAGGAGAGGCAACGAAUAUACCUCAAAGACAUUGACUGCCCACCAGUCUGGCGAGACAAGCUCAAGGAAUGCAUCCCGCAGUCGCUAUUCUACCUCAACGAGAGCACUGGCGAGAUUGGCGGGCCUGGUGCUCGGGACGAGCCAGGCCACCGCAAGGGUCGGGGUAUCGGACGUGCCGGCGACCUCAUGAGUUCACUACCUUCGGAGAUGCGUGCUGAGAAUUUGAUGUGCUACAUUGGCCACGAAGGAACAUACACUCCGGCACAUCGAGAAAUGUGUGCCUCGCUGGGUCAAAACAUCAUGGUCAACGCAUCUGGCCCAGUAGGACAGGAUGGAAAACCUGAAAGACCUGGCUCCUCUUUAUGGUUUAUGACGGAGACCAAAGAUCGGCACCUGGUGUCGGAGUAUUGGUUAUCGGUUCUAGGACAUGAUAUUGAGGUCGAAAAUCACUUUGCCCAAUUGAUUGCGUGGAAAAAGGCGCCUUUCAAAACCUACGUAGUGGAUCAGCGGCCUGGAGACUUUAUUCUCAUACCCCAAUUGGCCCCACACCAAGUAUGGAAUCGAGGUACGCGGACCAUGAAGAUUGCUUGGAAUCGGACUACUGUCGAAACGCUUGAGCACGCUCUCCAGGAGGCAUUGCCCAACUCGCGCGUGGUUUGUCGCGAUGAACAGUAUAAGAACAAGGGGAUCGUAUACUAUACUCUCUCCAAGUACUCCCAACUAAUCAAGUCCGCGCGGGCUCAGGUCGAAAUGGGCGACGAGGAAGCAGAGGCCAUACAAACUUCCGCAAAAGUUCGCCACAUUCAACGGGAUUUCAAGCGCUUGUUCGAUCUAUACAAAACAAUCCUCCUCUCAGAAAUGUUUGCGCCUGAUUCCCGCGAACAUCCCGAGUUCAUGCCGUACGACAGCAAUGUUACUUGCUCAUACUGCCGCUGCAACAUAUUCAAUCGAUUCCUGACUUGCAAAUCCUGCAAAAAUAUGUUCAGCUCGGAGAUCGAAGAGCCGUACGAUGUUUGUAUGGACUGCUACUGCAUGGGUCGUAGCUGUGGCUGUCAAUCUGGGUACACUUGGGUCGAACAGUUUAAGUGGAAGGAUCUGGUUCAUCGGUAUGAAGAGUGGCGUGCCCAAAUUAUCGACAUCGAUGGCCAGAUGACGGACAAAACACCGCUUCCUCUUGCUGAAGAGCGGCGUUACUACGGUAGGAAGACUCUUGCUCACAUUUGCCAGGAGCAGCUGAGGAUCAGACCGGUCGUUGAUAUUAAGAAUCCGAAGAAUUCGGGCGACGAAGAAGACGAGGAAGAAGAAGAGAUCCAAGUGGAUGAGUACGGAAUGAUCAAGAAACCUUCCAAGAAGAAAAGUAAGCAGUGGCUCAAGAACAACAAAUCGUGCCACUUCUGUCUGCAUAGGCACCCCAAAUGGAAGAUGGCGUUGUGCGGCAACUGUGACCUGGCGUAUUGCUAUGGUACUCUGUUCCGGGCUCACGACACAAUGCCACUUGAAAUCAUGGAGACAUACAACUGGACCUGCCCUCAUUGUAGAAGAGUGUGUAAUACAGGUGCUUGUCGCCGUGAUCCCCGCCAACAUCCUUACGAACCGAAAGGAACAUUGUUGGGCCACGACACGAAAAAGGUCGCAGAUCCGCGGUCUGUAGAGUGCCUCGUGGAUUUCAGUAUUUCGAAUCUCAACUUCAUGCGGGAAGAGGAAUUCGCGAUGCAACAACGGCGUGAAGAAGCUGAAAGAGCAAAACUGGCCGAUCCGUCCCUCGAUGCUCGGUACAUGGAUGAAGAUCAGCGUUUUGCCCAGCAAAACAUUGCAUACUCACCUACAGAGGAAAAUACCUUCCAUGAUCCAAGCGUCAUUGGUAAUGGCACCGUGAACCCUUCAUAUGCCAUGCACCAUGACGAUAGUGAAAUCCCGCGACUUAGCAAGCGGAAUUUGGAAGAGGAUGAUGACCCUGCGGAUGGGAAAAGGAAGAAGAAAAAACAGAAAUCCAAAAAGACGAAGAAUGAUACCCCCGCGCCAAUUCAACCGAAGAGCACGUCUGGGCAACAAUAUCAAAAAGAGAUACAGCGGAGACUGCUUGAGGACGCGAAGCGCGAAGAUCGCUUCAUUCUCGUCGCUGCCAGAAUGAAGGGAAAGUCGAAAAUCGUGAGGCUGCCAUUGGACCCAGACCUGCUUGAAGCGAUCCAGCGCAGACCUGUUCCAGAGCCAGAGGUUGUCGCCCAUCAGCGUGUUCCUAGUGAAGAGCCGGUAGAGGAGAAGGGUUCAAUCUUACAAUCUGAUGUUCUGCCUACAAACAAGCCUACAGCACCGAAAGCAGCACCCGCGAAAGGACCCCAAAGAUUUAGGUAUAGGGUUGAACCCGACGAAAAUUAUACGACUAGGAAGAGAAACCCAGAAAACGGCUGGGCUGGUCCUACAAAGUCUGGCAAAAGUGCCAAAAAGUCCCGGCGUUACGAAGAGGUCAUCAUUGAUUCAGACGAGGAGAGUCAAGAUGAAACUUUUAAUUACACUGGUCCUUCUGGAGGCCGAGCUUCUAACUGGCUAGCUCGCAAGAAUGAAGGGGAGGAAGACUUGCCCACAGAACUACCCGCCAACUUCAGAGACGGAGACGCCAACCCUAACCGCGAGAAGAAUCGGGAGAAGAACCGCGAACGCAACAAAGAACGUCGGCAAACUAUGCCAGUACAGGCUCAGAUCCGCCCACCCGGUCGAGGCGAUCGUCCCCGGAAAAGUACCGGGGAUAUUACCGACGCGGAUGGAGUCCACGAGGAGGAGGAUGAACAGGAGAUGCUACUUGCACAGUCUGCCGCUGCCGCACUCGAAGCGCAAAGAAAGGCUGCAGAGGAAGAAGCGGCACGUGCUGCAGCUGCUGCACAAGAAGCGGAGGAGAACAUGCGUGCGAAAAUGGGGAUCGCCGAGUACUUUGAAGGGUCCGACAAUGAGUCCCUAAAUGGAUUCAUUAACACGCUCGCCGCAGAAGAUGAACCCCUGGCAUAUGAGCGCAACUUUUCCCCCGAAGAACCAAAAUCCCCAUCACCUCCACCUCCACCCAAAACCUUUACCGGGCCGCCUCAGACACACAAUUCUCUUUUCUCAAAACCAGGAAUGGCAGGAAAAAAGAUCAAAGUGGUUUCCGCCCAGUCCAAGCGCACCAAAGAUGGUUCUACUACGCCAGCACCUGCUAUACUGCCCAGCUCAGGCUUCACCAGCGUAAAUAAAGGGACUGAAAGAACGAUCGCACUCAGUGAUAGUGACUCUGAUGGCGAGGACGUGAUUCCCGCUAGAGCUACGCCUUCGCGAGGACGGGGUAGACCUAGGGGCAAGAUGGUACCCACGCGGGGAAACAGUGCUGCAAAACGCGGCAGAGGGCGACCCAGGAAGACCUUGUAG